UGUAUGUAUGUAUGUAUGUAUGUAUGUAUUUAUGCAUGUACUUAUGUAUGUACUUAUGUAUGUACGUGCGUACGUACUUAUGUAUGUAUGUAUGUACUUAUAUAUAUGUUUGUAUGUAUGUAUUUAUGUAUGUAUUGAUGUAUGCACUUAUGUAUGAAUGUAUGUAUGUAUGUAUUUAAUUAUGUAUUAGGGGUUAGUGCGUCUGCCUCACAAUACGACGUUCCUGCAGUCCUGGGUUCAAAUCCAGACUCGGGAACUUUCUGUGUGGAGUUUGCAUGUCCUCCCCGUGAAUGCGUGGGUUCCCUCCGGGUACUCCGGCUUCCUCCCACUUGCAAACACAUGCACCUGGGGAUAGGUUGAUUGGCAACACUAAAUUGGCCCUAGUGUGUGAAUGUGAGUGUGAAUGUUGUCUGUCUAUCUGUCUUGGCCCUGCGAUGAGGUGGCGACUUGUCCAGGGUGUACCCCGCCUUCCGCCCGAUUGUAGCUGAGAUAGGCGCCAGCGCCCCCGCGGCCCCGUAAGGGACAAGCGGUAGAUGGAUGGAUGGAUGUAUUUAUGUAUGUACUUAUGUAUGUAUGUAUGUAAUAAUGCAUGUACUUAUGUAUGUACUUAUGUAUGUAUGUGCGUUCGUACUGAUGUAUGUACUUAUGUAUUUAUGUAUGUAUGUAUGUAUGUAAGUAUGUAUGUAUGUAUUGAUGUAUGUAUUUAUGAAUGUAUGUAUGUAUUUAUGUAUGUAAGUAUGUAUGUAUGUAUGUAUGUAUGUAUGUAUGUAUGUAUGUAAGUAUGUAUGUAUGUAUGUAUGUAUUUAUGUAUAGGAACAUGAUUUAUGAGUUCCUGUGAAUGUGAAAAUUUCCUGCCUGAUAUUUACAGAUGCAUGCUGGGAUAUAAUCCCAUGAAAGCAGAACAAAGCUGGCAAGUAAAAUGAUUUGAUGAUUUAAUCUGGAUUGUUUCAGGAGGAUUAGAGGUGGGGUUGAUGAAGGCCGGCCAGAUGUUGCCCAUGGACUGCAAACCACUUUUCCUACCAGCUCUGUAACCAUAUGAACAAAUCACGGCCGUACAACAUUUUCCAAGGCGCUUGUCCUCGUCGGGGUCGGAGCCAGCUGGAGCCUAUCCUAGCUGACCCUGGGCGAGAGGCAAGUGUGCCCCAGACCAGUGGUUUUUAUUGAAUUACUGCCGGGUCAAACUCGCUUCGCAAAAUAAUUAGCGCAUGCUUAGCAUUACCGCCGGCUCAGGAUUAACGCCGGGUCAAACUCGUUUCGCAAAAUAUUAUUUUUAUUAGUGCAUGUCUAGAAUUUCCGCCGGGUCAAACUCGUUACGUCACGAGUGACACUUCACCUGUCAUCAUUUUCAAAAUAGAGGAGGCUGAUUUCAAUAAUUUGAAAUCGCAUAAAGGGAAGAAGAUUAAGAGCUAUUCAGCAGGCUUUAAGGUCCAAGCUAAUGAAUAUACUAAAAAGAACAGUAAACAUCUAUGUUUUAUUAAUAUACCAUAGCUGCGUGUGUCAAAUAUGAGUCAUUAAAUGACUCCCGCCUCCUGGUGGUAGAGGGCGCUAGUGAUCCUUCUUGCGACUACUCGGCUGCAGAAGAAGUGACAACAAGCAGCAAGAGUGAGCAGCAUUCGUUUAUUUUUUCCUCUCGCUUGCGCUUUUGACAUGGAGGAUUACAUAUCUAAAAUAAAACAGUUUUCUAAACUGGACUUUCAAUCGAAGCAGGAGGUAAUGAAGGAAGAUCUCCAUCAAGACAGAGAGACUUUUAAAACUGAAGAAAGAUAAGGAAGACUUCUAUAAACAAGUUAUCGAUGCUUUGGAUCAGAAGGAGCUGCGCAUGGACUUCAUUUAUAAGUAAAGGUGGUGUCGGCCAAGUCCCAGGUCCAAGUGGAGAUGAAUGAGGGUGUGCGCACAUGAGAAAUAGCACAAAUGUCACCAGGGUCCUGACCUUUUGCUCCCCUGGCCUGCAGUAGCGUGUCUGAAGGUUUGGAUGGGAAAAGACAACAAAUUGUGUCCCCAGGACUCAAGUGUCUAACCUCCAAAUGUUGGCCAAACUUGUCCUUGGUUUUAGACAAGAGAGAUUUCCAAGCGGUUUGACAUAUGUCACAACCCUUCCUUACCCAGACCAACGGUCUGGACUGACUGGAACGUGAUGGCCUGGCUGACCCCUGAGGGACCAGCAAAAGGACUGUUAUGGGCUCCACUCGGUAUCUCAGACCAAAAAGGUGUUUUGGAACCACAAUCUGGAGUUGUCACAAGCAGACACGUAAGGUGGGGUCCACUUACGUAACAACAAAACCAUCAAUCCAUCCAUUUUAUACUGCUUGUCCCUCUCGGAGUCAAUCAUUUGACUCCGAGAGGGAGGUCAACAACCUGGAGCUGAACGCCAGGAAAACAGUGGAGAUGAUCAAGGACUUCAGGAAAGUCACAGCCCCACCAUCCCCCCUCACCCUGAUUGACUCUCCCACCCCCAUCUCCAUUGUGGAGUCCUUCCGUUUCUUGGGCACCACCAUCACCCAAGACCUCAAGUGGGAGCCGACCAUCAGCUCCCUCAUCAAGAAGGCCCAGCAGAGGAUGUACUUCCUGCGGCAGCUGAGGAAACUUAAGGUGCUGACCGAGAUGCUGGUGCAGUUUUAUUCAGCCAUCAUCGAGUCCUUCCUCACCUCCUCCAUCACCGUGUCGUUCCCCGGCGCCACAGUCCAGGAUGAGCAUGGACUGCAGUGCAUGGUACGUGCUGCUGAGAAGGUGAUUGGCUGCAAACUCAAACCCCUCCAAGACCUGUUCUCCUCCAGGACCGGUAGGCGUGUGGGUCGGAUCACAGCUGACUCUUCUCACCCUGGACACAAACUAUUCUCCCCUAUCCCCUCAGGCAGGAGACUACAGUCCAUCCAGACCCACUUGUCCCACCCCCAGAACCGUAUUUCCCCCUCGGCCAUCAGACACAAGAACAAGAACAAGACUUGAUAGCUCACUUAUCUUAUUACCUAUUCUGUCUUCUAUGUCUUCUAUGUUGCACCAUUGCACCAAGAACAAUUCCUAGUUUGUGAACCCGUUCUCAAACAAUGGCAAUAAAAACUAUUCUGAUUCUGGUUUUCAA